GCACAGAAUCUAGGAUAGAUGCGCCAUUUUACUGCGUCCAUAGCCAUCCGGCAAGAUGGUCCCCUCGCUUUGUCUGCUCUGACCGGAGUUGUUUCUCUAUUCACCGCCUCUUCUUGCUUCCGUAUCAUCGUGGAAUCUUGCAAAACAGAUUCAGCUGGACUACUCCUGUCAUUAACAAAACGUGUCUCCACCAGUUAAACAAUGAUGGCGAUGGAAAGCAGGUAGGAACACGGUGUAGUCUGUUUGUUUGGAUCAGUCAGGUUUACAUUGGGUAUACAGAGCUACCUCCACUAGCGGCGCGCAGCGGCAGGGCCAUGAGGGCAGAGUGCUAGUCAGCGAGCUAGGCUAGCUCUGUUGUAGCUGUUAGCUGCGCAGCCGGCAAUGCUCAAGUUUGUACACACGCAAUUCGAGACGAGCACCGUAACUCUACGGGGAGAGUUUUCACUCUAAAUAAAACCGCAAAACGUGCUUGUCUAUAAAAACAAACGUUACUAAUUUGCAUUCCGGUAAAUGUCAAACGUUGCAUUGCCACUUCUGGUGCUAUCAGCUAGCUCUGUGCCAGGCUGCAGUAAGCGCAAUGGUCCGUACUGUGGUGUCGUAAGAAAGCGGGAAGGCCUGUGUGUGUGUGCAAUUUUCGGUGCAUGCCAUGCACUGGACCUUGCAUGCACCGCCGAGAUUGCAAUGUUGCCAGGGCAACGUGGGGCAGUGGAAGAGGGUAGUUCCUCAUUAACAUUAGUAGCUAAUGAUGCUAAUGUUAGCCUAAACUUGGCAUCUUUGACUGUUAGGGGGUUCCUGUGUUGACAAAACACGGAGAGACUGCGUUGAGGGGAAAAAAGGGAAGCACCGGGCUGCAAAUGCAGAAGCCCACCAUGCUGACAAAGGAUUUGGGCAACAUUUUGAGGCCCGGCUGAUGGUGGAAAGACGGUGGUAGCUCCGCUUAGAGCGAUCUAAUCAGCACAUUAUGAUGACGCAAAACAGCUAAAUAAACAGCGGCGGUGCCUCAGUCUGACAGAGUGAUCGGCUCCUUGUACACACUCCGAUCAUAUGAAGGUAACAGGAAUAUUACAGUUUUAAUGCCGGGAGUUUGCGUCUGCUUUGAUUAGUUAUUAACAAUAACUUUGAUGAAAAUAAGCUCGAGUUUUGCUUCAGUUGACGACCGUUAGGAGCUAAAACACGAGCUAAACCUUUGAUUUCAGCUCAAAUGUGAUCCCAGUUAAUUAAGGAUGUACAGUUAUGUGUAAAGGACAGUUUCAAACCAGAGGUAAUGUUGACACACAUUAGUGUCAUUUAUUUCCUUUGAAGUGCGCACCAGAACUUUGCUCUGAGUAGGAAGAAGACUUAAAGUUUACUGUUGUGGAAGUGAAAGACUCCAGACUUGUCAUUGUGGUGGAGAAAAAAAAACCCAGGGGAUUUUUAUUUUUAUUACAGUUCAGCCACUUUAAAGCAAAUGCAUUGAAAAGACAGGGGUAUAGAGCACACUGAAAUUAGGAAGUACUCACCAGAACCUGCAUGCUUGUCUGUGAAUUUGUUUGCAAACAGUAAGUUCAUACAGAUACACGGGACAGUCAUAACAUUAUGAACACCUGGACGAUGUAUGUCAACCUACUCCAAUGACUCUAACAUGAUUUUACUUUUACAAACCUUCCACAUUUCUUUGUUGGCAUAUAUAGAGAGGUGAUAAUCUGUCUUUAAAUUUAUUGUUUAGGUUGUAGAGAAGGGUUGAUGGUGCACUGGAGGACAUUAUUGCAUUCAUGGGUGCCCCUGGUGUCUUUCCCCCUCUUGCUUUUGUAAACAAAGUGGACAAAAUAAAAAUGAAUCUAAAUAAGUAUAACAAAUAUAAAGUAUAAUUAUCAUCUGUCUGUUCAUGUCAACAAAAACUAAAAAUACAUAAGCUUCACCCAGAUGUCCAUAAUGUUAUGGCUGGGCUGUGUAAUCAUUUUCGUGACACAAAUCUCUGUAAUCCCCUAGCAUGAAAUCUAGAUUUAACAGUAAACUCAUUCAAAGACAAAUCUUUAAAUGUCUUCCAAGGUAAAAUGAGUCUGCCGUCCUCUGAACCAAACAUCGACCAAAUGGCAGAGAAAGCAGAGGAGGUAAGUUUGCAGCUUUUUUUUUUUUUUUUGGAAAGUUUUCAAUGUUGUUUGACCUCAGUGUGAGAAAACAGAAACUUUAACAAAAAGGCACUUAUUUAAAUGUAGAUCUGAGUUUCUUUCUGAACUAUCAAAGUGUUAAAUCACCCUUUGUAUCCUCUUCAGCCCGGGAGCUCAACAGACACUAUGAAGCCCUCCUCUUCCCGCAACAAGAGGUGAGGAGAAGUUUUCUUUAAUGCUGGUGUUACACUGAUUUUUUUUAAAUGACAUUUCUUUAAGACAGGUCUUUCUUUUAUUGUAAAAAAUAUGUGCUUAUUCAUUUUAGGAAGCCUGCUACUGUUACUAAGCACACUGGACUGAACGAAUCAGACUCCGCUGAGAGUCAAAAUGAAGGUGCCUCCUCUGACAACCGUUCAGACAACACCACAGGCAGCACAUCUAAAGGUUAUUAGCUACCAAGCCACCAGUUUUGCUCAGAGAUGGGUGCUGAUACUGAAAUGGGAUGCUAAUGAUUCUAUACUUUUUUCGCUUUUGCCUUUGAUCAGGCACUUUAGUGAUGAGGCCAGCCGGGAAUGAAAAUAAAGGGGCCAUGAAGCUCAGAGUGGACUUCAAACAGAAACAUACAGGUGAUUUCAUGUCUUUAGAAAGUUAGCCCUCUUUUUCUUUUUUUCUUUUUUUCAUCAUCGUUAAAAUUCGCAAUAAAAUGUGCAAGAUUUUUAAUGCCACUGAACUGUAACGAUAUCAUGCCGUUGGUUCAAAAAGUGAGAGGCAAAAGAAAACAAUUAAAAUAUUCUCCUUAUCACAGAUGAUACCCUGCAGAAGAAAGUAAGCUGCACAGCUUGUGGAAAACAAGUCAACCAGUUUCAGCGCAACUCUGUAUACGAGCAUCCUGUGCUCAAAGUGCUCAUCUGCAGGGUAAGAUAACAGAUAUUUCAUCUGCUUUCAUAGCCAUUAUAUCAAAUACCUUUUCACCGGUGUACCAGUGCUAACUUCUUUCUCCUUCUCAGUCAUGCUUCAAGUAUUAUACAAGUGAUGACAUCAACAAAGACUCUGAUGGCAUGGAUGAGCAGUGCAGGUAUUUUUUAUUUUUUUUAAAUUAAACCAAAAAAGAUAAAACCAAAGCAGUCAAUAAAACACUGAACAUUUCUUAGAAAAGCCUCCUCCCCCUCCCCUUCUAUUCUCUUCAUUUGUUUGCCCUAUCUUAUCCAAGUUUCUGUCAUCUUUUAUUACUUAAAAGUAAUCUGGACCGUUGAAGACUUGUGGUACCACAUUUUCUAUAUUCCUUAAAAAAGUGAAACUUUUUGUUCUCUAGGUGGUGUGCUGAAGGUGGCAAACUCAUCUGCUGUGACUACUGCAGCAACGCUUUCUGCAAGAAGUGCAUCCUACGCAACCUGGGCAGGAAGGAGCUCUCUGUAAUCACUGACGAGCUCUCAAAGUGGCACUGCUAUGUCUGCAGGUCGGAUCCCCUACAGGAACUGGUCUCCAAAUGUCACAACAUCAUGGAAAAACAAGAACUGAAGCAACGUAAAUCUGAUAAACCAUCAGAGGGAAGGGAGAGCAAGAAACACAAGAGCAAAGCUGUAAAAGAGCACAAAGCAGUCGUUAACGGGAAAGAACACAGUGAAGGCUCAGGGACCAUGACAUUUUCCUACAAAAAGCUGCAGGUACCCAAAGAACUCAUAAAAAAGACUAAGAAGCUGGUUGAGACUACAACGGGUUUGAACCACACAUUUAUCCAGUUCAUCCAGCAGGCCACAGAGGAGCAAGGAGACAAGUCUAUCAGGUAUCGACAUUUAAAGGCCUUCAAGGCUGUGCUCGCUGAUUUAAAAAAAGCCCACAGUGCUUUAGAAGCGGCCUUGGUGCCUGAGUUUAGAAGCAUGGAGCUGCAAAACGGAAAUGAAGAGCACCAUGUUGUGAGCAAGAGCACUGGAGUUGAUCCUCUUGUGGCAAACGACCACACAGAUGAGACGGCAGGUGCAGUUGUUGAGGUUCCUUCAGGGGAAGAAGACAAGGAACCAGUCAAAGAGCAGAAUGAGCAGGCACAGGAGGAUCUUAACAAGGAUUUGGAUGAGAAAGUGGACCAGAAGCUGGAUGAGGAUCCGUCUUUUGAGCUGCAUGAUGAACAGCACGAUAAGCAGGACAUAGAAAAUGAUCAGAUUUCUACAGACAAUGAUCAGGUUUCAAUGGAAACUGAAAUGAAAGACAGCCAAGCAGGAACCGAUGUACCCAGAAAGAGCAUUAAAACUGAAAUCUGUGAUGAUGCUCUGGUGUCAACUAGUGAGAUGUCGCUAGAUCACGAUAUCAUGUCUGUUCCAUCUUCAGUUCCUGAGGAGCUUUUUCAGAUGGUGGAAAGUCUGGCAGAUUCCAGUAUGCUCUCACAAAAAGACAAUGAUUCGGUCACGCACACUGACACAAAGUCAGAAACAAACUCAAACACAAAAACAAUCUCAAACUCAACGGACUCGAACUCACCCAAGCCCAAGGUGAAGAACCUCAUAGUCAAACUGACGCCUGUUCCCGUGGUGACAACAAUUGGGUCAAGAACCCCAAGGUCCAAAAACAAAGAGAAAGGAGAAGAAACGCCCCAAAGAAGUGAAGAAAACGAAUCUAAGAAGGAGAAAGAUGAAUCAAGUGAGGAUCAGGCUGACACUCCACCUUCAAGCCGGCACCCCCACAGAGUUAAGACCACGCCCCUGAGGAAGCAGGCCAAGAGUAAGAGCAAUGGAGAAUCUUCUGAGUCAGAGACAGAGGAAGACGGCAAGAGCAAGGCCAAGUCCUCCAAGAAAUCUCCAAACACCAAAAAAGAAGGAAAGCAGAGCAAGGAAGCAGAGAACAAGUCGGCGGACUCUGACUCCGAUGUAGUUCCUGAUGCACUGUUGGAGAAAGUUGCAGCGGCAAACAGCACGGAUGAAGAACAGGAGAGCAAAAAGGGUGCUGGCAAGGCUGCUAAGAAGUGUUUAUUUAAAUCAAACAACACAUCAGCGCAAGAAAAAGAGUCCAAACGCAAAAGAAAGCCUGAAAGCUCCGAGUCCGAUUCGGAGAACAGAAAUAAAAAGAUGUCCAAGAAGAAGAAGAAGAAACCCAAUGGCUCCGACUCAUCAGACUCUGACUCUGACCAGGAGAAAGAGGAGAAGAAGAAUAAAAUCAGCACGGCGAGGAGGAGAUCAAGCCGCGUGAAGAAACAAGAUGAAGCAAAAGAGGACAAAAAGUCUCCUGAAGGGAAGGGAGCGGAGCUGAAACGAUCUUAUGAGAAGAAGCGCAAGAGGCGGAGUCAAAAAGCUGCUUCCAAGAUUCAGUCUUCAUCCAGUGAGGAUGAGGAGGAACAGCAGCCUGACGGGGACUCCGGAGAGGACAGUGACCAGCAGAAGAUCAAACCCAUUGUGGAGGAAAACAUGAUAGGAGCAAGUGGGCCUUUCAACCAAUCUUCAGGUAAAUUAGAAUCGAAGGUUUGGCCACAAACUAUUAGCAUACCAAUAUAUUAAGUGGCGAAGUUUCCAAAACGUCCUCCACACGUGAAUGUAAUGUAUAUACAGUAUGUUGCUGAUGCUUGCAGUUCUUAAGGUUGGUCUUGCAUCAAGUCCUUUCUGCUGCUCACUAGCAACUCUAAUGCCAGUUCAUCAGCUGAUGAUUGACACUGAAUCAUAAAUAUUUUUAAAAGUCUUCAAGUCUCUGGGAAGAAAAAAAAAAACAACAACAACAAUGUAAAUUCAAAAUAUGUGAAUGAAUGAAUCCCUUGAAGGUUGAGGUUCCCUUCACUAACUGUGUGGUGUUGUUUUGUUGUGUAGGAGAUGAGGUGGACAACAAAGAGAAGAGCUCUGGGGUUUGUGACGAUGAUGACGAUGAUGACCCUGAGAACAGGUUCGUUCCUCCCCACACCGAGUUGUCCUAAAGCGAAGUGUCAGAAGCCCCCCCCCCUAUUUUUCAUCAUUUGUUUCUUUCUUUGUUUCCCCUGAAGGAUUGCAAAGAAAAUGCUUCUCGCUCAGAUUAAGUCCAACUAUUCUUCUGGAGCUGAGAGCUCCUCAGAUAAUGAAGGCGAUGAUAAAGCUGAGAAGUCCUCCAAAAAGGUUAAAAAACAGGAUGGAGAAGAAGAAGACGAAGAUGACGAGGAGGAGCGAGGUAGCGCCCGUUUUCUAAAUAUAUCCGACUGCUUUUAUACUGUUCUGUUUCAAACUUUUUCUUCUUUUCAAAGACGAGGACUCUGAAGACUCGAGCUCUGAUGUUGAUGUAAAGACAUCUGGCAAACGACACAAACUGCUUCGCCAUAAACUCUCAUUGAGUGAGGGCGAAUCAGGAGAGGAGAAAGAUGUUAAAAAGAAGAAGAAGAAGGGGGACAAGAAGAAGUCCGCACAGAAAGGUUGAUUAUUUUUCGCAUUAACAGUAUACACUUCAAAAUUUCUGAACUCUGAGCACGAGCAGCAGGUGACCUGAUGUUUUCUUUUGUCUUUCAGAUAGCAGCGAUGACUCUGAAGACUCUGACUUUGAAAAGUCUGAGUCCAGCGACAAGUCAGGCGUAAGCGAGGAACUCAGUGAAUCAGAGACGGAGGGGAAGCGCCGCAAGACGAGGUGAGAAGAGAGAACUUUAACCAAUCAAUAACAGGAAUCAAUCACUCGAUCUGGAUUGGUUUUCUCUGCUUUUGCUGAGGUGAUUUCUGCUUUCUGUCUGUAGAUCAUCAAAGAAGAAGGACGAGGAGAAACAGAGAAGUUACAAACAGAAAAAGAAGCGACGCAGGAUCAAAGUUCAAGAUUCCUCUUCCAGCAACGAGAAGGUGUUUAAAAUGCAGAGCACUUGGUCGCAGUCUUGAACUGUCCCAAAGUUUCUUUUUCCCCAUAUGGGGUUUGCCUGGUGGAGACAGACCAGCAUAGCGUUUACUAGUCAGGUCACGCGUGCCACAUAAAAUGUAAUUUGAAGUUCCCCCUGGAGUGUGUUGUGAGGACACAAAUUAAUCAUAGGGCUGCUCAGCUUCUGAUCACAGGAAGUGAAUUUUUCCCCUUAGGGCUGAAGAUCAGAGAGCUGAACUUAAUGUUCCUUUCCACAGAGCGGAGGGGAAGAUGAUGAGGAUGGAGACGGCAAAAAGGGACGCAAAAAGAUCCGCAAAAUCCUGAAGGAUGACAAGCUGCGGAUGGAGACCAGGGAUGCUCUGAAAGAGGAGGAGGAGAGGAGGAAACGUAUAGCUGAGAGAGAGGAACUCCGAAAGAAACUUAGAGAGGUGAGUUUAAAAUGGAAAAAAGAUCAGAUGUGAUUCUGUAACAUAAUCAAGAUUGCAUUCGGCCCAUUCAACAUUUAGGAUUACACUCUCUUUGAGGUAAUGACCACUUGUGCAGCAGCACUGUAGUUCUGAUUCAGAUCAUGUGGAGGAGACACGACAGACUGAGUUGCUGCAAUCAUGGCAGCUUUAGUUGGAACAAUAAACAACUUUUUUGCUAUUAGGAAUGUAAGUGUCUAACAUUUCUGUUUGGUUUAAUAAAAUGAGAGACUUAACUACUUGAGGUUAGCCUUUUGUCUUGUAAAAUCCAGAAACACAAACAUAGACGGGUGUGGACGCUGUCAAUGAGUUUUCGCUGAUCUUUAUUUAUUAGAUACACUGGAAUGUUAUCCUUCUGCUAUUUCACUCAGUUUCAUUGUCUUUUGUGUUUUCAAUUUUACUCCCACUUGACAUAUUUGAAUGAGACCUCUGCAUCACAACAAUCCUGUUGUCUGCAUUAGAGAAGUUUAAAUUCAACAUCAUAAUAGGGGUGGGAGGAAAAAUCGAUACAGCAUAGUAUCGUGAUAUUUUUCCUGGUGAUGUAUCGUAUCGUCUCAUCUACCAAGUAUUAAUGCUAAUAUUAAGUCAAAUCUUUGAUAAUGUAAAAAAAAAAAUCAACUGUUUGUCCAGUGAGGUUGGCAGAGCAGGAGAAAGUGCAACAAAUAUAUAAAAGGUUUGCGAGAUGUGCUACAUGAAAAUAAAAAACAACGUAAAUAAGACAAACAAAAAGGACAGACAAAUGCUAAAUUAGCUAAACAGUUGAAAAAUGGUAAAAAUUGCAAUAAAUUGUAACACAAUACUCAAUGUAUUGCAAAAUGUUAAAAAUCAAAAUAAUAUUGUAUCAUGAUAAUAUCGUGUAGUGGGGCCACUAGUAAUUCCAACCCCUACAACAUAAGCAUUUACAUGUCAAGUCACUGUGAUUUACUCAUGUAGCUUUAUCAAAGGUUCGGUGAGAGCUGGCCUCUAGUGGAGUGAGUUGAGGUAUAAGACUUUGUUUCCACGUCAACCUAAAACACUCAUGACGUAUCAGUCCAAUUUAACCCCUGUUAUUAUGAUUGCGACCUUUGGUCCCCCAUCAGGUUGUUGUUGUGGAGGAAUCAUCACAGGUGACCUGUCCCAUCACCACCAAGCUGGUGCUGGAUGAGGAUGAAGAGACAAAGGAGCCGCUGGUGCAGGUGCACAGGAACCUUGUCACAAAGCUUAAACCUCAUCAGGUGGAUGGUAAGAGCAAAGUCAAUUCAGUCAAAAAAUAUCAAGAGAUAUCUACCCUUACAUUGCUCUCUUACAUCCAGUCUCUCUCUGUGUUUGUGUUCAGGGGUGCAGUUUAUGUGGGACUGCUGCUGUGAAUCUAUGAAGAAGAUUGAGAAGUCCCAUGGCUCCGGCUGCAUCCUUGCCCACUGUAUGGGACUGGGAAAAACUCUGCAGGUACAGAGGGGAGAGCAGCAGAAUUGAAAACUGUUGUUUUCACUAUAGAAGUGCAAUAUGACAUACUCAUUUAAACAUGAAUGUUAAGCUGGAAUGAGGUACAUUGUCAGGAAAACCUACUUAUACUGUCGGGUCCUGCCGUGGCAAUUAAAAAAAGAGUCCUCGAACACUGAGGUCUAAAGAGUUGUGAGGGCUUAGUCAUUAGGCUGCCAUCCUGGGCCUGUCACACCAUAGACCCGAAAUAAACCAGAUAAGCUGUGUUUGCAAACCUGUGUGUGUCUCAGUGUAAUUCUGUUUUGUCCUGCAGGUGGUGACAUUCCUUCACACUUUGCUGCUCUGCGAGAAGCUUGACUUUUCCACAGCUCUAGUGGUUUGUCCCCUGAACACUGUUCUCAACUGGCUCAAUGAGUUUGAGAAGUGGCAGGAAGGAAUGAAGGAUGAUGAGAGUUUAGAGGUAAAGAGUUACUGUUGUAGGAUUUUCAAAGUUUCUUCUUGACAGUGGUGUCAUUUUCUUGAUUUGUGCUCCUUUUUGAAUCACACUGAAUUAUUUCCAUGUGCCAUUUUUGCACCAGGUGACUGAGCUUGCCACGGUGAAGAGGCCUCAGGAGCGAGCAUUCGCCCUCCAGCAAUGGCAUGAAUCAGGUGGCGUCAUGAUCAUGGGCUAUGAGAUGUACCGAAACCUGACACGGGGCAGGAACAUCAAAAGCAAGAAGCUUAAAGAGGCUUUUCAGAAAACUCUGGUCGAUCCAGGUACGGUGCUGUUAAAACUUGUGUUUUAUGUUUGCAAGUCAAACAUAAUUAUUGAAUUUCACUAUUGCAUAACUCCUUUUUAUGGGCAGUCAACAGAAAAACAAUCAAAAUCUUCAAAGCGAGUAAAAAGAGCUUAAAAGUUAUCGAUAAAUUGGUCACUAGCACGUACACUCCAUAAAAGGACAUAAAAAAGGAUCCAUUUUCAGCUGUAAUCUCUUCCUCCUCAUUUCUUUUUCUCCCUCACUCUCCUCAGGUCCAGACCUGGUGAUCUGCGAUGAAGGUCACAUCCUGAAAAAUGAGGCGUCUGCCGUGUCCAAAGCGAUGAAUUCCAUCAGGACGAGGAGGAGGGUUGUACUCACUGGAACACCUCUGCAAAAUAACCUUGUUGAAUGUGAGCUCGCCAAGUCCAGCAGAAACUAGGUGUUUGGUUUCGUGGUUAUGGAUGUAACCACUUAUGGAUCUUUUUUUUUUUCCCUCCUCUCCUCAGAUCACUGCAUGGUGAACUUCAUCAAGGAGAACCUGCUGGGGUCAAUUAAAGAGUUCAGGAACCGUUUCAUUAACCCCAUCCUGAAUGGCCAGUGCGCCGACUCCACGCUACACGAUGUCCGGAUCAUGAAGAAAAGGGCUCACAUCCUGUAUGAGAUGUUGGCCGGCUGUGUUCAGGUACGAAUCCUGCAGUAAUACGUCACCAAAGUUCACUUGUACCUGUUUUUUUGUGGCCUCCUAAAGCUGAUAAUGAUGAUGUGCUUCUGUCUCAAACAGAGGAAAGAUUACACGGCGCUCACCAAGUUCCUGCCUCCCAAACAUGAGUAUGUGUUGUCAGUCAGAUUGACCCCGAUCCAGUGUAAACUUUACAGAUACUACCUGGAGCACUUCACAGGUGAGAACCACAGGACCUCUGAGAUUUGAGAAAAGCUGCACCACUUGCUUAUAUGUACUACUCUGAUCUUUUUGGAUGUGGGGAGGCUGCUAACUGGUUUUUUUUUGUGAGUAUUUUUCAAACUGGAAUUAAGCCUGGUAUCAGAUUAAACUGAGAUCAACAAAGAUUUUCUCUGUAAAACACACGUAAUCUAAGACGAGGUGAAGUCCUACUGUAGGAGUCGUGUUUCUCCUCCGAGUGCUCUCUUGACUGGAUGUCAUUUGCUGGUUGAGGUUUUUAGAUAAAUGGAAGGCCUUUCUGGUCUCUCACUUUUUUGUGCUGCAUUGUUAAGUCGUUUAGUGGACUUUCCUCUCAGAAUGUGGCCCAGGACGUGUGUGUAUGCGUGUGUGUGUGUGCAUGUGUGUAAAAGUGGCAGCUGGCAGAGUGCCGCAGGCAGGGUUUAAGCCCAGUUUCCCACGUCUCCCUAAUGAAGAGCUCUGGGAGAGAGGGAACAGAGGGUGGGGGGUAAAAGGGGGGAAUGUGGGGGCAUAAAGGAAAGGGAAAGAAAUUUGGAAGCAGGAGGGGCCAGAGGUUUUACACCAAAAGCGAAAACAAAGAACAGGAGGGUCGGUAUGUAAAAAGAGGAGUAAUGGGAGGGGGUUGGUGGUAUGUGCUGUUGCUCAUUAGACUGGGUUGUCCACGGGGCACAGCACUGAUGUUGUGACUGUGACUCUGGACCUCCACAGCUUGUCUUGGACCCAAGACCACCAGUCAGGGGAAGGCCGCAAAUGCCCCCUCCUUUCUUUAUCUGCUGCUCAUGUGAAAACUGCUGGACCCUCAGACACCCUUGGGUCAGUGCAGGCCAUCAUAGAGAAGCUCAUACAUCUGCUGUUUGAAUAGAUAAGACCAGACAGGUUUAUGAGAACAGCUGACAGAGUUGUCUUUGUUGAGUUAAUACUGUAGAACUCUUUGUGUGAACAUAUUUGAUAGACUAGUGUAAAAUCGAGGAGAGAAAACGUCUUACUGCAUCUUACCUGUGAAAUGGUGCGAUGAUCUAGUGCACCGCCAUGACUGUCCUCGCCCUUGUUACUACAUCUGAAGAGUGAGGCGACCUGACAUUACUCCUACUUACGUUACACAGAUAUCCCGCCUUAAGAGCCUACCAUCACCUGCAUGUGACCCGUGAAUAACAAGUGGCCGCUUUGCAGUGGAUACAUAAAUGAUGAAUACGCUUUAGCAGAGAGCUGCUUUGAUUGAAAAGACUCCUCAAUUUAAGACAAGUGACCUUCAGACUCUAGUGGAUCGGAUGUAGGCAGUGUCUCACUAAUAUCAGUGCUUCUGUUGGCCUGGCUGGCAGGAUUGCAAGCACAACAGAGAUCACGAGAAGGCAUAGACAGAUCUACAACUGAGUGGAUUUGACUUAAUGCAGUGGGAGUUGUCACAGCAGAGGGCCCAUCUAAGUUUCCUCCAAAACUGUCUUUCUUUACCAGUGCGACUGAAGUUUCUGAUUUGUCAUAAUAACUUUACUCCUACGUGUUUCUGGUCAUGUGGUCUGGAGCAGGCACCUCCUAUUGAAGUUUGGUGGCUUUAUCCUUCAUUCCACUCUGUAUCGAUUAGAGUAUGCUCUUGGGUAAUCAAAACACAAAUCUAUCUUCCUCCUAACACUCUUCCCCCUGUGUGCAGGUCUUGGGAAUGCUUUGGAAGGGGGUCGGGGCCGUGCAGGGACCAAACUCUUCCAGGAUUUCCAGAUGCUCAGUAGAAUCUGGACCCAUCCCUGGUGCCUUCAGCUGGACUACAUCAGCAAAGAAAACAGGGUAGGGCCAGGGAAGACGAGACAAACCCACACUUGACACGUACCCCAAAAACUGGGAGUACAUUUACAAAGAUUAAAAAACAACGUCACACUCAUAUUGAUAUCAGUGCAAAAGAAAAAAAAACGGAUUCAUCAUUUUUGCCGCCUGAUACCUGACAAGGUCCUGCGUGAGGACCUGUAACAACAGACUCACACAAAUGUUCUCUUUUCCAGGGCUUCUUCGACGAGGACAGCAUGGACGAGUUCAUCGCCUCAGAAACUGAAGAAUCCUCCAUGAGCAUGACCUCUGAGGAUGAGAAGAAAAAGUAAACUAAAAAAAGCCUUUUUCUUCUAAACCUCUGUUGUCGUAGUUUUUGUAUGAUGUCACACAGACACCGGUGUAAAACCCUCUCCUCGUGUUCAUGUGUUGCUCUCGCUCACCCUGCCUCUACCACUCAUUCUCUCUUCUACAAGGAAAAAGAAGCCGGGGAGGGGGAAGAAGAGGGGAUCUGAAGACUCAGACAGCGAGGAUGUGGAGGUCAUCAAGGAGUGGAACACCAGUUCUCGGGGCAGAAACGGAGAGGGUCGGAGUCGACCAGAGCCUGUGGAGGAACCACGUGAGUUUAUCACAGAUACAGGACAUUUGCAGAGUAUUACGGGGGACCACAACUCUGUGUACUGAAAAAUCUAAGAUGUGUCAUAAAUAAUGAGUCCUGGCACCUUUCUUUCUAUAAAAGUUGUUUCUGUGGAAAGUAGAUGUGCCAUAAAAUUAAUAUUCAUUCCCAGAUCAUUUGGAUCAACUCUGAAGACUGUAUUGUGGCACUAGAUUAUUAUAUUACUGCACCUACAAUAUUGUUUAAGUUUGUAAUGCUUGAUGACAACAGUGCAUUAUUGUUGGUUAAAUGUCUGGCUUGGUAAAACAAAACAAUAAAGAACUUCUUCUGUUUUUGUCUUUGUCACUACUUGCAACCUGCUCUAAUUUGUGACUUUGUGUCUCAAAAACCAGCCCAGCCCUCUACUGGUUCAGCUCCAGGGAGUCCCACUCCAGACUGGCACAAGGAGUUUGUCGCUGAGGCAGACGCUGAAAUCAUUGCGCAUUCAGGGAAAAUGAUGCUCCUCUUCGAGAUCCUGCGUAUGGCGGAGGAAGUAGAUGAAAAAGUGUAAGUGUGGUUGACCGUAAACUACUUUUAAAAAGAUGUCCUCAGGGCAGCGGGUUCACAGCGUCACUGUAGACUUGUUUAAGCAACAUUUGUGCAUCCACUCUCCUUACCUGCCCUCAGGUUGGUGUUCAGUCAGUCUCUCAUCUCUCUGGAUCUGAUUGAGGAUUUCCUGGAGCUUGCCUGCAGAGCCAAAGAUGAAGAAAAAAUCUCCCCUUACAAAGGUACAUUUUUUUAUUGAAGUCUGGCAGGGCCUCUUAUUCAAGGAGCUCUUUCUCUACUCUGUCGACAUGCCUAGGAUUGUCUUACUUUAGUAAAUGACCACACAGUCGUUUGAGAUCAGCUUAGCCUCUGAAUGCUGAGACACGAAUGGCUGUUUGUAAAGCUCGACAUGAAAACAAAUUCAGUCUUAUUGCAGCUGGACAGUCCUUUCCCGUCUGUCUGGGGGUUAAUUAUUGCAGCUUUACAGUGCAGAUUUCAAACUGGCUGAACUGUGAGACCAAAAAAAAAAAAGUGCCAACUCUUAGCUGUAGAGCAGGCUGAAGUAUUUUCAUAUGGAGAUGCAGGUUUCACACUUGUAAGACAGCCCACGUGCAACAUGUAUUCUUGUACACCCUUAUUAUGUGUGCUUAUUACCCUUCAACUCACACAAACAUGCCGCCGCUGGUGUAAGGUCAUGUUCCUAAUUAAACUCCAGCAGCUGUUUUUACUUUCAUUUUGAAAAUGAUUAGACCUUGACUUUUUAUUCCACAAAAAAAUGUUUGCUCAAGGGUUUGUAAUUUGUAAUGAAAAGAUCACAGUGCCGUAAUUGGAAACAUACUGAAGUGUUAGUUAUGAAGGCUGGUGAGGGGAGGGGGGGGUUGGCCAUCUUUGAAGGCUAAACACGGCUGGCCACUUACCAACACAGCCCUGUAUCUGCUGUCUGCAAAUGCCCAAACUAAGUCCUUCUGACAAGGGUAAAGCAACAUGUGCGUUUCAACGUUUUUAGAGUUGUGUACGUUAAAUCGCCAGAGCAGAUAUCUUGACUGUGACGUUUCCGUGCAGGCGAGGGCAAGUGGUUCAGGAACAUAGACUACUACCGCCUGGAUGGCUCCACCAAUGCCUUGACCAGAAAGAAGUGGGCUGAAGAGUUUAACGACACAAGCAACACGAGGUGAUCUCCUUCUGCAUUGUCUCUGUCAGUCCCUGAAAUGUGAUCCGCUUGAUGCUUUUGAAAACACUAACUCAUCUCCCUACCUGUUCGUUACCAGAGGUCGUUUGUUUCUCAUCUCAACACGAGCCGGCUCCCUCGGAAUCAACCUCGUGGCGGCCAACAGAGUCAUUAUCUUUGACGCCUCAUGGAACCCCUCCUACGACAUCCAGAGUAUCUUCAGGGUCUACCGAUUUGGCCAGGUCAAGACUGUCUUCGUGUACAGGUUCCUGGCCCAGGUGAGUUUUUCCAAAAUGUUAAAAAAAAAAUUAAAGUCAUUGAAAAGUUCAGAUUGUUCAUGUAGUAUAAUCUGCUGUGUAGUGUGACAUAAUAUUAGAGAUGCACCGAUCCUUUUUUUUCCAAGUCCAAUCCGAUACUGAUACCUGGGCUGAGCGUAUCAGCCGAUAUCCGAUACCAAUCCAAUACUACUGUUGAAUGAAUGAACUUUAUUCCUUGCUCUGUGAGUGAAAGGAUCAGGCUUGACAUUAGCCUUGUUAAAAAAAAAAAGUACCAAAUUAAUGCAAAUAUAUAUUUACUUAAUAUUAUUUUUUAACAAAUUAAAAAUUGCACAUUAGCACACAGCAAAAAGAAGUAAGACUUCCAUGUGAACAUUUAGUGCAAAAGGAUAGACAGACGUAGAAUAUAGAGCGAACAGAAUUGCUGUGUUGCUGUGUAGGAUAUUAAUUAAAGAAAAUAGAGACUGGAUUAGAUGCUGGAUCGGCGUCAUUCAUCAGAUAUCUGAUCCAGUUAAUUUGUCAAAUAUCGGAUCGGUGCAUCCCUACAUAGUAUAAGUUACAUUUGAGAGCUAGGCAGCACCAACAUUUGUAUUUUGAUACACAUUGGUUCUGGAUCAUGAAAAUGUUUGACACCAAAUUUACUAUUACAGAUUUUCUUUUCUGUUGUAAGUUUUAGCUUACACACAAUUUUAAAGAUCCAACAACAUAAAAUGAGUGCUGUCAAGCAGUUAAAAGAUCUGUAUCUAAAUAAAAACAGGCUUUAUGGUUAAUUUAUCACAUAAUUCAAUAAUUUGAGAAGUAUGGCAUUACAGUCCACGCCUGCUCUCUGCACACAGCUGCCUGCCUCGCCCCCUUUCUCUUUGUCUCUCUCCUCCCUCAUCAGCAGAAUGUUUCUAAAGUUCGUAAAAUUUCAUUUUUUUCUCCACAAAUCAGUUUUCACAAGAUGUGAGAUGCAUGUGAAACAUUGGAGCUUUGUGCAGACUUCAAACAGCAACAGGAGUAAAUUGGCAUUAAAUGGGACGGGCCGCGCCUGAGUUAGUGCAUGUAGAGUUCAGACAUAAGCAUGUCUCUUUAUGUGAGAGAAGCAGAGUGGAGACCCCUCCUCACCACAGGUACUGGAGGGGUAGGGAUCAAAAGGUAACAUACACGUAAUGGAUGGUGAGAGUACUUACAGAUUAUGCUGCAGUUUUUGUCAUGAACUGAUGAGGGAGCCUAAAGUAAAGCCUCAAGUCUUUUGGAGAUUGUCAGGAUGGCACACAGUGGCCCCGUUUACAUGGGUCCAAAAAUCCCAUUUACAAUCAGAUUGAAAGGUCAAUCAGAUUCAAAAUGUCUCGUAUAAACACCUUAGCCAAUCUGAUUCACCUGGAUCUGAUUGUAUUUCGGGUUGGAUUGUAAGAGGUAGUCUACACCGAUUGAUAAUCCACUCCUUGCUCCAUGUAUACGGCUGAGUGGAGCGGAUUGGGUUUACAGAGAGGCUUGUUCGGUCUGCGCAGGCGCUCGGUAGUACGUAAAGGGCACGUAGUGACGUACGCAGAGUGCGCCCAAAUGAAAACAAACAUGGCGAACAAACAGAAAAACUGGACGGUGGAGUGUUAAAGUGUGUUGUUUCGUGCAACUGACGAAGCGUACACUUCUUGCUGUGUAACCCGGCUGGAUUAUACUUUUAUUAAACUUCAACACAUAGGGUUCCUUACUCUGCUCAGUCUUAUGUGCACACACAGGUCAGCAGGUUUCUGCAGUGUUUUAUAUCUUUGCUUCAUGUACGUUACUCAUUCAUUUUGAUUGAAGAAGGGCGCUGAGAUCUAUGGUUUGGCUCCUACAUAGGAGACGUGUGUCUCGACACCGCCAUCACAUUACUACAGACACGAUUUUAUGACGGGUAUCCGUCUGUAUAUUGGCGAGGUGUCUGUGGUGUUAUAUUGCUUUGUUGAUUUCCUGAGCACAGUCUUAUUACCUCCCAACAACGAGACACGAUUGUUGAUUUCUGGGAUGUCUGGUUUGUUUGAGGUUGUCAUAAUUUGUCCUGAAUCUUCUUCUUGUUUUUUCUUCCUCUCUUAGGGCACAAUGGAGGAGAAGAUUUAUGACCGGCAGGUAACCAAGCAGUCGUUGUCAUUUCGUGUGGUCGACCAGCAGCAGAUUGAGAGACACUUCACCACCAAUGAGCUGGCCGAGCUUUACACCUUUGAACCAGACCAGCUGGAUGAUCCUUCAGAGAAGAAGAGCAAGAAAGCCACGCCCGUACUCCCCAAGGUAACAUGCAUGUACCGUAUAUGUACCUUGUAUGCAUUUAAACAGCUGGUUUAAACGAAGCGUGAUUUUGUGAAUUAGAUUCAGAACAAGUCAAACAUUUAAUUGGACUUCACAGGAAACCAUUGACUGGGAUUUCAUGGUUGUCUUCAAACUGAUCCCCGCAUGAAAAGCAGGAGAGCAACCUGAAAGUCAUUAACAGUAGUAAAAUAGUCUUUUUCCUUCAACAAACAUGGCACAGAGUGCCAUUUGAAAUGCCAAGCUUUGUUUUCCCAGAAUUGCACGGAGUAGUUUGUUGUUUCUUUUGAAGUUUAGCACUUGAGUUAUAAAUGGUUAUUUAGACUCAAGGCCAGCUUGUAUCCUGCUUGGCCUUUCCGGGAUCGUUCUGGUUCUUUUUUGUUGUCUUUCAUAAUCCUCCUCCAGCCGCGUCUCUCCUUCAUGCAGGUGCUGUGUCACUAUUUGAGCCCCCUGGGGUUUAAUAAGAACACACGGCCCUUAGAUGGGCCAUCCAGCCCCGCACAGCUGCACAGAUUUGUCUGUUUACUGCUAUUUACUAAAUAGUCUCCUCAUUGCAACACUGCUGCUGCCCAGCUAUAAACCUGCACUCCUCUUUUUUCUUUGCUGAUCAUUUCUUUCUUGUUGAUCUUGGAUUCGCUCCUAUCCCCGCUCACCUCUUCCCUUUUGGAAGGCUCCGGGUUCAGAUCAUCUUGAGCAGUUCUUCCUCUUUGUUUUGGGAUUGACUCUGGUUAAUCUGCAGAAACCUGUAAACAGGAUAAAUCAAAGAAUUACUUUAUGUCCCACUUUCUGGCUCUAUUUGAGUCAACCUUAAUGGAAAGUCUGUUUUCCAUUUACACUGUCAAAAGAUGUUUUUGGCUGUUCCAUCAUAUAUACUAACAGGGUAGGGGCACUGCCUUCAGUGAAUCCAAUCUGAAUCCACUUCACUGGCAGCUGAUAUCACAGUACUCACCUGACAUAUUCGUCCAAAAGGAGAAGUAACCUCGGACAGUGCAGCUGAACACCGUUUGUGAUGAGGAGAGGACAGACGUGUUCAAUGAGCCACAGCCAAUUCGAUGAUCUGUAUGAUCUGUGAUGAACCCAGUGACAUUUACGUGACACAGUAUUCAGGACUGAGAGGCCGACAAACUCCUGUUUUGGCCAGGGGGUUGGCUGUGAUGUGGCAAUGGGGCUGCAGUAUUAUGGAAGGAAUUUGCCGUCUGGAAUGAUGGGAAGAUGAGUCAGACACCUUUCACCACUUAGAGCCAAUGACAUGUACGGAGAGAGAGGGAGCCACAGCAGAGGGGAUUUGUACUUCUCCUCCUGAACCCUGCACACUUGGAAGUUUUAUUUACUGCUUCAAAAAUCCGGUCAGACAGAGUUAAAUAUUUACAAGGAUCACUCAUUAUUUGGAAAAUCUAUGCGUGGUUCAGAGGAGGAGUGUUUUGGAGCAUUUCAAUUUAUGCACUUUUAUAUAGUGACACAUUUCCCUGGUUAUUUCAGCACUAUCAUCCCAUCAUAAAGCUACAUUGAUUUCCAAUUUCCUCCCCCACAGAGUCUUUAUUUUCUUCCCAUCAAACGCGGCCCCACCUCGUCCUCCCCUCGCCAACUCUGUGACCAUCUGUUGCCCUGACUCUGCCUUUGAAUGUUUCAAGGAAGCCCAGUUAAAGUUUUUGACCCUUCUCUUCCUCUGGCUUAUCCCCGCAUCAUGAAGGGUCAUUAUUUAGGCCCCUCUCUUAAAGAUCUCUAUGCGCUCGUCAGGGACACUAAUUGGAGACAGAGGAAGCAGGAGCACUGCCCACUAAUAACAAAGAAGGUCCACAGAUCCCAGACAUGAGAUUUUGACUUCCCACCCGCCCAUCCUGUGGCACCCUUACCUAUGUCCUCAUCAUCACUUGGGUCUUUAUCAUUGAACAUGCGUCUACAUGUACAAUGGGAGCUAAAGACGGUAGUUUUUCCUAUACGGCUCAUUGUAUGCUUGGUACGGGUUUUAGGCGUUCCUCCUUGUACUUGCUCCCAGCAGGUGGUGUCUCUGUCAGGUACACUGAAAGGCUGAGGGGAGGCUGCACUCUGACCACAGGAUCCGACCAAAGCAGUAACCCACACAGUGUUUGUCUCAUUAGUGAUAGGCAGUCACUUUGACUUUGAAGGAGAAACCCAGAGUAUAAACUCGGUAAAUUAAAUAUAUCAUCAGUUAGUAAUGUUUUUAAAUUACAGGGUUAGCUCAUGAUGUCAAUUUUGCUCACUCUCUAUUCUUGGGUAAGAGGUUUGUCAUACUUCCUGGAGUGCUUUUUUACCAGCUUUCAGGAAACAUGCUUGAGCCUGUUACAAUGCAGGUGGAGAGAACGCUAAUGAUAGUGAUGGCGAGAGGCCGCAGAGUUUACGCACUCAAGAAAAACCAAGAGCAGCGGCCCACCUGUGCUGCACUCUGAUCUGCUGAGACAUCAUUCUCUCCAUGAGGAUAUCAAAGUCUCGGGAUAAUCUGGUUGUUGGUCGUUGAACUUAAUGUAGUGUAAGGUUGAAAAUGGUCAAGCAGCUGGAUUAUAAAAGAGACCCGAGGCAAAUUAUUUGCCUCGGUUAUUUGUUUAAGUGCAGACUACACAGUGCAGUGUAUUUUGUGUGCUGUAUAUGGAACCCCAAACAGUGCAACCAUUGGAUGUGAGCUCUGAACAACUUUACAUGCAUGAUGACUUUCAUUUACCAGCAAUAAAAUAAAAGUAGCAUAGAUUAGAUUUGUUUCUUAGAUAAUUAAUUUAAUAAUGUUUGUAUAAAAAAAAAAGUUUUCCUCAAGCUUUUAUUGAGCAAACCCGGCAGCCUGACAGCAUUCUGAGCCCCACAGAGGAGCUCUGAUGUAAUAAUGAUGAACACACGCAUUAUCAGCAACCACUCUGUACUUGCUAUCUACAUUAUGUAGGCAACUAUCAUAAAAAGUAUUGAAUAGAUAUUACAUUUCCCUAAUAAUUCUGGUUUAAAAAUGUGUUAUAAUGAGUAAAUUCGCUGUAGCCAAUCCAAUCAAAGUAUAUUUUCUAGGUCCAGUAAUAAGACAAGCCAAGAUAUUCCUUCAUUUGUAUCCUAACAGUGGAAUAUUCAUUGUUACAGCAGUAAAGGCAAUCUUUGCUCUUAUUGAAGAGUUGAAGGAUGAAGGGUCUACACACUUCCCCUGCAGAGAAGGACACACUCAAAUACAGUAUCUCCAUCUUGCCAGUGCGUCAUUAAUGUCUGAGCUAUUCAAAUACUUACUUCUAUUGUAGUCAUUAGACAAAGUGGUACUGUUAGUUUUAAUAACUGUUGUAGUCAUGCUGCCUGAUAAAGCCAUAUUGCAGGUCGGGCAAUUUAUAAUAUACUCUCUAGACAACACUACCACUAGCUUCUUAUCACUUAAAGGGCUCUAACGUUCGACAGCUUCAUAUCUGCAUUCAUAGAGAAACAACUGCAACCCAGGCUGUGGAGGAUUUCUUUGUACACUUUGAUUGAGUAAAAGCUUACCUUGAAUAUUUUCAAACUCUUCCUUGUGAAUCUCAGCUGGACAGCCCUUCUAGAAAGCUCUUGUAGAACCCCCGCUUCUUCCCGUUGCUGGCUGAGGCUUGUUUUUAUAGGAAUGUGGUAUGUUUAUUGUCUUUGUAUCGCCCUUUGUGACAUGCAUAAUUUUGUGUCUUUGUUAAUUGACUGACAGCUAGAUAAACCCCCUGACUAGCGCAGGCCCCAGAGGGUGUAAAGAUAACGCGGUGGUCCUCUUGACGGGGGGUGGGCUCCCGGUGUUGCACUCAGAGCCAGUGUAGCCGAGCGCGUCUCUGCAGAGGAACUGUCUGAGCGGGCCAGUAGAACUACUGUGCAUCACUUGCUUGCAGCUGUGAGAGAGAGAGAGAGUUUUGACUGGCUAUGUUUAGGUAUUACAAAUAUCUCAGCCACUUGCAUUCCUGCUGUCGGGAUCCUGUCUUGGCCCCUCCUGUUGCUAUGGCUAACGCACCUGUGCAUCAAAAACAGUUUCUGGCAGUCACAGAGUCUUGACAUACGUUGAGAAAAACUGGACUGGACAGCACUGAUUUGGUGUGAAAGCAUUAGACAUUGUCCACUGAGAAAGUCUGUUUGUUAUUGUUCUUUCUAUGUACAAAUACAACCCACAGCUCCCCCUCUCAUCCGUAUAAUUUUCAUUUCAGUCUCAUGUCCGCCACAAUGAAAUCGCCCUGUGUGGUGUUUUUCCAUUAUAAGUGGUUUAUUGUUGCGGAAAUGACAGAAAUAAAAUAAACUGGUGACUGCUGAAGCAUUGUUUAACCAUUCUCGGCACAUAAAGUAUUCGUUUAGAUGAAGGAAAUUUGAUUAACAUGGUUGAGAAUGUUCUCAGUGUGCGAAAAUAUUUGAUAACGUAGCCAAAAACCCUGCCGGCAAAGAACCCAGAGCUGUUAAUGCAAGCGGGUGUUUAAUUGCAUCAGACCUUUUACAGUUAUGCGCCACCUAAACUCUAUUGGUGAAGUACGUGUUGGCACCCGUGCCAAGUUGUAAAGUCUUCAUGAGGCCUGUUCAUGUCGACUCCAAAGUUUUCAUCUUUCUGAUGUGAGAACUGCUUUACAUCAUUUAUGGACUGCUGGCAGCUUUGCUGUUUUCUCAAUAUAUCCACAUGUACAAGAGUUUGGCUUAAGACGGACAUAAAUCCUUUAUGUGGAAACAUGGAGAAGGGUUUGAACAGAGGUAAAUUUCGAUCGUGUCGGUGCCUUGUGUGAUUAUUGUACCCAUUCAGGUAAUUUUGCCCUCUUGACUCAUUAUCUUCCCUUUAUCGAGCAGUCAUCUCAAACAAAGGCUUCAAGCUCCAGGGGUUGCUUUACAUCAUCAUCACACGCACAGACUCCUUCAUAACCAAAAGGAAGUUUUUAAGCCACAUUUUCACACCUGAACUCCAAACAAACUCUGUAGUGCCAAAUGUGGAAACCUCUUUCUUUAAGUCACCCUGCUCCGCACUCUUUCUCUGUCCUUGCUGGGAAAAAAAAUUGAGUAGAGUUGAGUUGAAUCAGGUAAUUUGCCUCCUUCUCUCUGAACAUCUGCCCACCCAGCAUUUUGGCUGCCUCCCUCUUCCUCUGCAGUAAAGCGAUAGGCUCUAACAUGCAGCUCCACACAGAUGACAAUAGCCCAGGUCAGUUUACCUACAGUCAUUAGUGCUGGCUUGGGAAACACACACACACACACACACACACACACACACACACACACACACACUGGGUUGAGCACGCCAGGGUUGGAGAUGGACCAGACCACCCAGAGCUGGUGGUGGUGGGGAUUACUUGAAUGUCCCAGAAUGCACCAGGAGCAUCUGUACUGUCAUUUGACCUGCAGCUUCAGUGAUUAGUUACCCAGUCUGCAGUCAAAAUUGCUUCUCUGUUAUGCCGCUCAAGAAAACUAACACUCACUCUACAUGUUCAACAGAUAGCAGUGUUUUACCACCAAAGCUCUUCAGACUAGUAUUGAAUUACAACAUAAACCAAAACACCAGAAAGUCACCACCUCUGGUCUCUUUAAAGGUAGUGUUGAGCUUUUUAUGGAAUGAAUAGAAAAGAUUGACACAGUGACAGCUGCCCUAAAGUAAGGCCAAAACUCUGCACUAGAGAACAUGAAGUUAACGUAAUAAUUAGUUAAUUAGCUGUCUAACUUACCAGGACAAUAUGUCAAAGGCUGUUGCUGUAUUUGCACAGCCACCAGUGUUGUCCAUCUUUGUGUACAUCCAAGUGUUUUUUUAGAGUAGGGAACCUCAGUGCUUAACACAGCAUGACUACUUCUGCUUUUGCAGUGAUGAGGGAAGAAGCUGCCAGCUCAUGAUGUGUGUUUAUGACGAUUGGCCAUUAUUCAUCGCAGAUUUUAAAUCUGUUUAACAUCUGUUUAUUUUGAUUUUUUUGGUUAGGCACAAUAUUGCAGGAAUUUCUGUAUUUCAACUUUCUUUUGUCUGAUUCUGUUGUUUGGGGGCUCGUUCACACUCGUUGGCCAUGGAGUUAAAAGUUGGCCACUGUGCAAUACUGACUCACUUCUUAGGGAGCUGGGCAAAGUGAAACUUGAUCAAAUAAUGUGUGUCGUACUAGUCGACAUAAGUACUAGUAUUUGGAAUCAAUUUUAGGUCAGUUGGUCACAUGACAUGAAAGCUAUUGAAGAAAAACAGCCUUUUUUGUGAACAUCAACCGGUAAUUUAUUGAUGGUCCCUUAUACAACACCAGACGUUGACAGCAAGAGUGCCAAGUAGAUUUAACCAUGCUGCUGUUGCUAUCUGCAGUGAAUGUCCGUCGAAUAUCCAACCUAAAACAAACUUCACUGGGGUAUUUACAUGAAAUAACAUUUGUUGCCUUGGCUGAUGUUUUUUUUUUUUUUUAUGCCCACAUGUGCCCCUAAAUACAUUUUUACAAUUCGCACAUAUCUAUUUUUAGUCACAAAUGUGAGUGAAACGGUCACACUGUCGAGCCCUGCUUCUACCUUUUAUCCAGGGCAGGCCAACAGGCUCUUCUGUGCUCCUAUGUCCUAGUUAAAGAAAGAAGCAGAAGUUGAAGCGCUGGAUGUGCUGCUGUUCCAAAAUGUCUGCUAGUCCAGGGUGGCCUGGUUUUGUCCUGAUUAAGUGUGAUAACUGGGAAACAUAAACACGCGUCAACAAGGAGCUCAGUCAGGUUCAGGGUUUAAGUGUUUGAGGUUGAUGUGUAUGAUUUCGUUAAGCAUUGUGGUCCUGUCAGCUCUUAUCCGGCACUUUUUGGUGCCACGAGGCCUAAAAAUAGGUUUUUGUGUAGCUUUCUAGUUCUCUCCCUUAACAGGAUCCAGUUUCACCCCAUCUGGUCUGGUGUUUAUUUUCUGUUUAUUCAGUACAGGUCUGCAAUCACCGCUUAAUUUCGUAGUUUGGUGUUUCUGUUGUGGUCCUUUUCUGACCACUUUGAUACCUGUGACAUGUAUGAUUAAUUUAGUUUGCAACUUUACACUCAAUGUCACAGUUCAAAGUGAGAGGGAGACCGGAAGCAGAGGAGAAAACACACACACACACACACACACACACACACACACACACACACACACACACACACACACACACACACACACACACACACACACACACACACACACACACACACACACACACACACACACACAGACGACCCCCUCCCCUCUCCUCCUCAUCCAGAGUUGGCCCAUGUGGAGGUUAAUGAUGCAACUUCUGUAUGACGUUGUUCCCAAAUUGGGAAGUUUAAUGUAAAGCAAAGUGGAGACAAAGAAAAGCAAACGUGCUGCAGAGAGGAGAGGGUAAUUUAAACCAUGUUUGUGUGAGCAGAGCCUGGCCCGGCUCUCUUGAUUUUUCUCAGGUAUUGUUUUCAGUAACAAAGUAGUCAUGGAAACCUGGAUCCAUCAAAAAGAAAACAUCCUAUUUAUUUGUGUUUUGGGGUUUCGAUUUGACAUGUUCUUUUAAUCUUAUUAUUCGAGUAUUUGAGCGUUUUUCUCCAGUCGACAUGCAGGUGUACCUGUACUGACUACUGGAGGGUUCAUACAAAACUGUUAGCUUGCAUCCCUAUCCUCCUAUCAGGGAAUCUCACCCACCAAUGACCCUCUUUAUCUUCUCUUCCUCCAUACUGUAGGAUCUCUUCCUGGCUGAGUUGCUGCAGAAUCACAAGGACCAGAUCGUCUGCUACCAUGAACAUGACUCCCUGCUCGACCAUAAGGAGGAAGAAGCCCUGAGUGAGGAGGAUCGCAAGGCUGCCUGGGCCGAGUAUGAAGCAGAGAAAAAGGUGGGUGGGAAAAAACACGCAUUAACAGACAUGCCACACACUGACUUACACACUGACUCACUAAAGGCAUAAAUCAGGGCAAGGUGAUUAUUAACUUAGAGGAAUCAAAUCAAACAACUUUUCACUCAGCAGAUACAGCAACAAAAGCCAGUUACACAUCUGUUUGUAACUGCAGAGAUACAACUAAGGGGUGGAGAAAGUCAACCUGACGGUGAACAAGAACUUAAGUUGUCCUUUGAUGAUGAGGAAAUUGUUAUAGAAAUGGCUGCAUGACAUCACUGAUAUGGUCACUAGUGGCAGCUCAGCUAGCAGCCCCUGGACAGGACUGGAGAGACAGAUGUUUAGAGUGAAACCGUUUAAUUUCAUUGUUGCUGUUUUUUUUUUUUCUGAUGACAAUCCAAUAUACAUUAAAAAAAGCGAGAAUAUCCUAAAUUUACAAGAGCUAGCUUAUGGGAACAGACCUAGUUUAAUGGAAGUGACAGCUCAGAUGUCAGCCUCUCAUGACAUGCUGUCUGCUCAAGAGCCAAAGAGAGACAGUAGCAGUGUUUACAUGGAGCACUUCAACUCUUACAAUAAGACCAUGAUUUAUGAUAAAAGCCUGAUCAAAAUAAAAAUUCAGAACAGACUGGUUUAAUCCAUCCAUAAUUCUCUGAUAGAAAUUCAAUUCAAUUCAAGAGAUGUGGUUUGAUAUUCGAAUCAUCAGCCAUAGAAACACUUCAUUCCAGGUUUUUCUUUCUGGUAAGAGUAAAAUAAGGACCAGUUUGAAGGGUCUGUGUACUUAAAAUGAGUGCUGACAAGCAAGAGUUCAAUCUGAAUGAUUACAGGCUUCGAGGUAAAGUAUGUGCAUCUGAAUUUAAGUGUCAAUCAUAUGAGGAACAUGAGGCUACAGGAAGACAUACAGAACUUUUUUUUUCUACAUCGUUAUUUCAAACAUUUUUAUUGCGCUUAUUCAGAGUAAAUUCCCAAACACAGCGCUUUCUUUUUGUUAUCGCCCUCUUUAUGGGCAGAAUUGUUUUAGGUUGAAAAAAUUUCUCCUUUAAUCAGUUUUCAUAGCGCACGAGCAGCAUUCGGAGAAAACAGACAAAAGGACGAGAUCCUGAAUGAUGUUGGAGCUUCAUAAGAACUUAAGGGCAGAUUUAAGUUAAAUGUGACAGGUUGACAUUCAGUCGUUGCAUGUAGAGAUUAAUGUGAGCGCAUUUGUUUGUGAGUGUGUGUAUUUGGCUCUCACUGCCAUCUGUCGUCUAGAGUUCGCACUGCGCUGUCAGCAGCGUGUUUUCGAAACUGCCAUCACAGCAUUUGCAGCCGUACAUGAUAUUUAAAGUUGUACUGCUUCCUUCAGUUUCUUGCUAGUUUUAUUAAUCUGUUCUUUUCGAGAUCAAGAGAAAGAAACUAGAGCCUCAUCAUAGACACCUGUCGCACCUGUCAGUAGACUUUAAGUCAUGAGAUAUUGUCCAUUUUACCUCAGAUAUCAAGAUAUUAUUAAAGCUGUGUCAGGGAUCCCAAUUCUGACGUGUUACAUUUUACGAGACCCCUCCCCCACUGUCCUCCCUCUUUUCUCUCCUUUCCUGUGGGACAAAUCAGUGGACAAUUAGCAGAGUUUAUUUGGAGAAGCGUAUGUGGAAGAGAUGAUGUUGUAAGAGAGCAGGAGCAGGUCUCCCCCUUCUGUGUAAUCCUAGAUUCUAAUUCACUCUAAUGAUUAUUUUUCCAAGACACUCUCCCUCCUCUGCCCUCUGUGUGCCUUUAAGCAGCUUUUCCCUCCGAGCUCCUUUUGCUUCUCAAGAGAACAGAGGGCUCCCAGUCGCAGGGAAAACUGUGGCAUCGAGGUCAAAUGCGAGGAUUUCAAUCGCACAUGCACCGCUGCGAUCUUUGCACACAAAAAAGAUGCACAAGUAGUUGCAGGAGAAGCCGUUCGGUUUUUAGGUUGUGUACUCUGAGCUUUGUAGAAGAAACAACUGGAAUGAAACCUGGCCUCUGCUAAUGUCUUCACAACCAAAGAGUCGGCCAGUGGUGUCCAGGAAAAGCUGUGUAUGAAUAUCAGAUUUGCAACUCAGGAAAUGGGAAAACCUGCGAGAACAUGAUCAGGCGCCCAAAACCAAACUGAACCCAGGUGCCCUCGGUCUCACUAGAAAGACGUCAACUCACAGAGGAUCGUGCAAUAAAUUUAGAUUUCAGACACUGAGUUUGGAGUGGAGUCCGCAUUUGUGUGCGUCCGUCUGAAAAACUCUGAGGAUGCAGCUGAAGUCCGAGAGCUACUGCUCAACAAUAACAAACCUGAAGUGUGCGUGUGUGUCCUUGUGUGUUCACGUGUGUUCAAGUUGUUUGGAGGUUUUGUUAUGUUUGGAUCUGCACACCUGUCUCUGACCUGGUCCAAAGACCCCCCCACCCUACCCCCCACUCCCUCCAAACACACACACACACACACACACACACACACACACACACACACACACACACAUACCGGAUGGCCAGAUUACAGGGCACAGGGAAACCAUCUGCAGCAGAGGCUCAAUUACACUCUAACAUCAGCAGUCUGCUGGCCUUUACUGGGAUGAGACUGUUUACCUCAGGUUGUAACUCUCUCUCUCUCUUGCUCGCUCUCUCUCUCUCUCUCUCUCUCUCUCUCUCUCUCUCUCUCUCUCUCUCUCUCUCUCUCUCUCUCUCUCUCUCUCUCACAUACACACUUAAUGCAGUGCAGAGUGAAACAAGUUAUAUGUGUGAGGAGAUGAAAGCUUUGCUGUCAGGAUCACUGACUGAACAUGAAGUGGAGCGCUCAGACAGCCUCUGUGUGAACAAGGUUGACAGGAGAAGCGAACUGUCGACACUGAUGGCGUACAGUGUUUCCCAUCAUGCCUUUGGUGGCUCUUAACACCUGCCUAAUUGAUGUGUACUAAUCCUGCUCUUCUGUUGGAUGCCGGGGGGCUUCUGCCUCCGCGCUCCCCCUCUUUUCCCCAAUGUCUUUCAUCUCUCAGGGUCUGCUUAUGAGGACCAACUAUCCGGCACAAUACUCCCAAAUGGACAUGGACACCUCCAACUACUUCUCCUACAACGUGGCUGCUUUGGCCUCCAUGACCAACCAGCAGCUGGAGGUAAGUAAUGAGCUCCACAUGCCCUUCUCCUGCCUCACGCUCCUCCCUCUCACCUCCCCCCCUGCGGCACAGAGCCCCACAUUCCUCAGACCCCACCACUAAUUGUGACAACAGUCUAGUGGCCAGCAUGCAGAUCCUAAUACUUCAUGUCUGGGACAGCAGCUAUUUAUACACAGGUGUGUGUUUGACCGAGUCUAAAUGUAAGUCAGAGAGCUUUUCAGAGGGGUGUAAAAACAAGUAAAUUCUUGUCACGGCAUGUGAGAUAUGAUGUCAGAAAUGAUGUUGCUUAGAAAGCAGACGAACUUUGAUGAACUCGAAAAAAGGAUCUGAAUGUUAGGGUUGUCAUUGUGCAUAUGACCCUUUACUCUCUCAGCCAGAUCUCCUUUCUGUAUGAUGACAAGAAGUUAGUGUUAAAAAAAAGUCAGAAACAAUCUCUCAAAGUAAUUUAUUUUGAUUUGUCUUUCAUAUCACGUUAAAAUGCACAACAUACUGUGUCUGCUCAGAGCCACCUUGAUCAUUUUAUACUCAUCAUAUGAAUACUUAAAAGUGAUCACUCUGUAAACUUUGUGUUGGUUCACGAGGAUGCAACAUAGUCCACUGAGGAUUAGGCCUGGGACAACAAUCAAUAAAUCAGUUAACGAGCGAUAAAUAAAAAUGAACUCAAUGAUUUUUCUGGCAUCCAUAUAUCGCCAUGUGCACGCGUGCAUUUGUUUUCCUCGUCUCGCGCCUCCAAACACGCCUGACUUUGUUUGAAAAUGGUAGUGACAAAAAAGUCAACACAACGAACUUGCAUUACCACCUCAAACACAAUCACCCGGUCGAGUUUUCCCAGCUGGGGAAAAAAAACUGCACCUCGAGAUUCAGAGCCGUCGGCACGACACUCAACACUGACUGAAGUGUUUGGUCAACAAAGCUAGUACAGUCAGAACAGCAAAAUAGUGUGCGGUUGAAAAGCCAGCAUUUUGAGAAAUGAAACAAACUUUUGACCUACAAUAUGAAUUUCCCUCCAGAAAAUAUGUGAUAUAUUGAGAUUAGUUAAGUGGUUAUUUUGGUCUCAAUAAUGUUGACAAUGUUGUUGUUGUGUAUCAUCAAUAAUUUGUGGGACAGUAUAUCGUCCAGCAAGAUUUGUUAUUGUCCCAAGCCUACUUAGUGCUUAUCUCAGUGCUUAUCUUUAAAGUGGGGGCGCUCCUGUUUCCCUGCUGAUGAGGUAGCUGCCUGAAGAUAGUUGAUGGGCUCUGAUAUCAAAUCCUUAGUGAAUUCCCACAGUCAUUUUCUAGUUUCUUCAGGUGAACCUAAGAGAAGCUUACCGUGUUUUAUAUCUGCUUGUGUCGUAUUCAGGAUCUUAUAAACCAGGGAAGGCAGAAAGUCAUCCAAGCAACCAACGCGUUGAAGUCUUUAGGCCGGGAGACGAUGGAAGAUACGAUCGCCAUAGUGGUGAGUGUCCAAACAUGCAACGCAACUUCCUAAUCCAUCUACAGAUAAAAAAGGGAUUUAUUACGACCUGUCUUUUAAGGAGAGCCAUAAAUCUACUCAAAGAAGUCUUUUUGGUCUCUAGACAUGCGUAAAGGAGGUAGACUUUUGAGAGUUGUGUUGGUGGUUUAAACAUGCGUUCCCCCCCUCUUCCCUCUCAGUGGAAAGAGAACCCUGCACUCACAGAGACUCAGGUCCAGUCCAUGGCUCUGGGUCGACAGGCCACCAUAGAGCGGGAGCUGAAGCGCAGAGAGGCCGUGUACAGAGACGUCCUCAACAGGCAGCAGACGGUAAGAAGUGAUCUGUGUCCCUGAGCAAACUAGGCGAUUUAACCAUCAACUAUCUGUAGCUGUAGUUACUACUCAUGGUUAUCCUCUACUGAUUGUGCAUUAAAACAAAAAUCUGUUGAAUUGACAAGAGUUGAUCAUUUAACUUUUUUCUCUGGACCGCAUUAUCACUAUAUUACAGUCUCUAGUAAUUAGAGUCUGCUUUGAUUUAGAGGAAAUUUCAUGAAUUUCCUGCCGGUACUAGAUUUCUUCAGAUAAUCUCUUUUUGUUAACGUCUGUGAAAAGUUUUAAAAGUGAUCUGUUGUCCUCUCUUACCUGAUAUGGGAUUGUAGACUAUUCAAGAGUUGAGUCUCCUUCAUCAUAUAAUCUUUGUAUCAUGAUAGUGCAAAAUGUGUUUUGGCAUUAUCUUGCUUAGAUAUACAAGGUCUUUCCUAAAAAAAAGUGUUGUCUGAAAGGCAGCAUAUGUUGUUAAAAACCGUAUUGUUUAGCAUUGAUGUUCCCUUGUCAGAUGUGUAUUUUACCCAAACCAUGGGCACUCUUUGAACUGUGUGCUGAUAAGAAGUAAGGUGGUUCCUCUCCCUGUUAGAGCAGAGGCUGCAGGAUCCAGGAUUUUAAAAAAGUCUUAUAUUCAUUAUUUAUUUUUUCCUCUGAAAUCUGAAAUUCUCUCUGGUUUUAUGUUGAGGUACAUUAGUGUAAAAAUGACCUACUUGUUGACACAGUCUCUGAUUGGUGAACCCGUCUGCUCUUUUAUAUCUAGUCAUGUGAAUAACUUGUUCUACAUUAUUGGUUGGAAGAUGUUCGUUUACGUGUCUCAACAUGCAUGGAACUGGGACUGUACUGUUGUGUGUUUCAGUACAUUAAAACAUUUCUCUCUCUGUCUGCCCAGAUGAUGAUGUAUGUGCAGAAGCUGAUCACCAACAGGAAGGUUCAGGAGCAGCAAUUGGCCAUGGCCAACCAGGCCAAUUACCUGAACCAGCUGGCCCUGCAAAAUGGCAUGAUGGGAGCCAGCGGGCUCAACCAGAUGGAUCUGCUGGGGCUUUACCAGCAGCUCCACGGUCUCAGCUCCCACCAAGGCAUGGGCAAGAAUCCUGGGCCCUCCAAGGGUCUGUAGGACAGCGGGACACUUCCUUGCCCACCACAGCCCACUCAGCUAGCCGGCUUCCAGUGGCCCAGUCCUCCGCAAUAUACGCACUGAGAGGCCUCUCAGAGCUCACUGCAAACCGGUGCACCAAGCAGAGGGUGGAGAAGUUUUGAGACCAGGCUGCUUUCCACUGGGGCCUCAAGUGGGAUAGACUCUCAGUUCUCUGUUCAGUAGUUCGCUGAGAAAUGGUGGUAUAUAAUGUAUAAAUGACUGUGUGAAAGGAGUCCAUUAGAACAGAGAAAAACUGUAUAUACCGCCUUAAUGUUAUUCAAGUUCUAUAUCUUCAUUUUUCAUGUAUUUAAAGACUACUUUAACCCCCAAUGCUUCAAAGCAUUGUUUUGUUUUCCCCUUCAAAGAGGAUUUCGUUAUUAUUUAAACUCAGUUUUUUAUACGGUUUUAAAUGCCUAACUGAACCUGAGUGGGACCAGUGUUGUUGGUGACAGGACUUUAUGGUAUGAAGCUCUUUAGAAUCAUUAGCCCUGGUAGAUUCCUUCACCAAUUUUAAGCAAAGCAGACAGCUGAUGGUGCUGCAAAGUCCUACUCCUUUUGGGAGAUUGAAGAAAUUGAUAAAACAUCAAAAAAAAAGAAAAAAUAUGGCCUUAUAUUCCUUUCCUAAAAACACUGUAAAGUUCAAAGAUUUGUUGAGACUCUUUUCUAUUCUGCUUUUAAGUGUUUACAUUAGUCGUUGCUGAACAUGGUAAUGGAAUGCCUGUGUUGUUCAAAACUGCCUGCAAAUUCCUAUGAACCGUUUUUGUAACAUCAUCCUCAUCGUCACGUGUUGUCUAGCAUAGCACUGUGUGUCCUGUCCAUCACUUACGUUCCACUUGUGUUGUUCCUGAGCUAGGGUGAGUGACUGGGUCUCACAAAGCACAGACAGGUCAGAGGGGCACCCCAGGGCCCAAAACUUGUCCCUUUACUUUGCUGUCAAAGAAAAGAAAGAAACGUGUUGGCAGUAGAUUUGAUAGAGAGUAAGGACUUGAAAUCUUUCAUGCCUAGCUGAUCUGUGUCCUGUGCUUUUUGAGAAAUGCUUUCUGGACACUAUAGUCUUGGCAGGCAUGCCCCCAGACUACCUGUAUUCUACUUUGGCACAUUUUUGCUUCUAAAUGCUUAAACUGGUGUAACUGUUCAUCAUGAGGAAUGUGUACAUUUCUCAUGAAGGGACGCUUGCUGUCUCAUAUUGCCUCCUGUGUUUGCACAAGGUGUAUUUCAUAAACGUAGAGACACUUUUUUGGCCCCCCUCUAAGAAUGUUAUUCUGUUAGCAAAUACACCAACACAAUUUGCCAUGAUCUGAUCUGAUAUUAUCUUGAUAAGUAUUUAAUAUAACAUUUAAUAAAGUGACCAAAAGAGUGAAAAACUG